AGGAAACAAACAGCGACACGGAACUCGGAAGUUGGAAAAUCUGAAGCUACAGUGACAACUCGGGAAGAGCACAACAGCCACGAUUUGUGUCCGAUAGGUGAUAUUUUCAUCAGUGAUCUAACACGGUUUAAGGCACUGAAGAAAACUGAAUGCUGUUGAAGUUAUGAACACUGUGGAGUUAGUGGCGCAGCUGGAGGAGUGUCUCCACCUGGCAAGGAGAGAUCUCACUGCAGUGGACAAGGAGAUGUUCAGGAAUGGCAGAGGUGUACUGUCGGCUGACCUGAACACACUGCUGCAGGAGGCGGUGGACAUGAAGUGGCCAUUUGUUGAGGAGAAAUGGCAGUACAAGCGUUCAGUGGCAUCAGAAGACAAAGUGAACACUACAGAGCUCAUUGGCAGACAUCUACCUCAGCUAAUGGCCUUCCUCAGAGCGUCUAUCAUGGCUGCUGAGCCAGCAUGGGCGAUGUCCGUUGUCUUUCUGCUGGACCGCUUUCUUUACUGGAUAGACGGCUCUCACACACUGCUGAAGAUUGCUAAAGCUCUACACAUGCGCUACCCAGAAACCCCGGUUGCCCCUCAGAUCAUAAUUCGGCAGGCCAGAGUCUACCUCAACACUGGUAAACUACAGAAAGCAGAGUAUAUCCUGAGUAGUCUGAUAAAUAACAAUGGAGCAACUGGAUGUUGGAAAUACCAGCGGGAUUGUGAUCGGAUUCUUGUUCAGUCAGUCAGCGUGCAAGUUCGGGGACAGGUGCUACAAAGGCUAGGUUUGUGGCUGGAGGCGGCAGAACUCAUCUGGGCUUCGCUUGUCGGUUUUCAUGUGUUGCCUCUUCCUGAUAAAAAGGGUAUUGGAGCAUCUCUUGGGCUUCUGGCUAACAUCUUGGUCUCUAUGAAUGAUAAAGACUUUGCUACAUUUCAGAAAAAGCCUCAUAUCAACCUGGGGUUUUUAGGAGAUUGUAGUCAUCGACUGCUGUGCGCAGCUCAGGCUGCCAAAAUGGCCACCGUGUACAGUCAGUUCAGCUCUCUGUAUGUACUUACACACAUGGUUACUCAAGGAACAUGCCUCCUGUCCUACAGUUUUUCCAAAGACUGUCCUGCUCCAAAUCAGCACACAUAUCUCGCUUUGGCUAAGGAAGCCUUUGAGAAUGGUUUGCUAACGAAGAAAGAGCAUGAAGUGGUAACUAGUCAACAGGAACUACACACACUCAUCAGAACUGCUUAUUGCUUAGCCACAACCAACAAAUGGAUGUUUGGUCCAAGUGAGCAGGUCAACGCGGCUUUUCAGGCUUGCCAGGAAGCUGUGGUUCUUUUUUACUCUUACUGCUUUAAAGACGACUCUGAUAAGAACGCACUUUCUUCUGAAGUCAUGGUGAAGCUACAACGUGUUAAGGCACUUCUCAAAACGAAGCCCUUCACUAAUUCUGACCCACGUUCAUAUAUUCCUGACAGUUAUCGUGCCAUAGAGGACAGACCAGUCCCGUUCACUAUGGAUGAUUUUGCAAAGGUCAUGGAAUGUUUUCAGAAGCACCACAGAUCGGUAUGUGAAGCUUUUUCUGUGCAGAACUGUGCAGGAAACCAUCAAGAUGCAAGUCAUGCUAACUGCAUUACAGCUGUCCAAACGCCAACUGAGUCACUUGGAACAGACUGUCAUACCGCAAGCCAGAAAUCAAGUGAACAUCAGCUGGGGAUCGAAAACAAAAAUUUUUUAGCUAAGCCCAAAAUUUUAGAUCAGCUUGCAGAAACAGUCUCUGAUACAAUGGAUCGUGAGGAAAAGAAGCCAGAUAAAAAAGACCAACAAGCUAAAAUUUCAAGAAUGUCUGGAGGACGCAGCAGUUUAGGAUCUUCGUGGACAAGUCUGUCUGAUAACAGUGGGAGUUCACCAGUUCUAGUUGAUCCUUUCUGUUGCACAGAAGUAGAUGAUAAUGAUGGUCAUGACAACAAGCAGAAGAGACAUAAAGAUAUUGAAGGUAAAUCUGCUAAUGCUAGCAAUCAAACCAGACCAGAUCUUUCCUGUCAAGCUAGCACAAGUCAUCCAGAGAAGAACAUGCAAGGGCUUUGCACCACUUUGGGAAGUGAAGACGUCGAUGAUGGUGGUACAGGAGCUAGUAUGUCUAAUGUUAACCAUCAAGCUUGCACAGAUUUUUCUUUUCUAGAUAGCGCUAGUCAACAGCAGUCAAAUCCAGAACUUUGCACCACCUUGGAAAGUGAAGAGAAUUGUCCAGUCACCAGUAAUUCUGAUGGGAAAGACAAAAAGACAAGAACUUCAUCAGGGUCCAUUAGUAGCUUGGGUUCUUCAUGGCAAAGUAUCUCAUUCUCUAGAUCACCUCAAAUUGGAGGUUUUACUGAGGUCUUAGAGAACAAGCAAGUCGUCAAUCCAAACUGUGACACGUUACCAAGCGAGGGUGGUCCUGGUAGUUCCUUUGAGUAUCUAAACCUCAAUUCUUCAGUAUCAUCAAUUAACAAGGAACACUUUAGUCCUUUCUACCUCACAGGAAAUGAUGCAAGCAAGGCGCAGAUUGGAAGUUUCCAACACAGACAGUCGUUACCAUCGACUGAACUCUGCUCAUGUGAAUUUUUUCAGGUUGAUCAGUCUGAAGCAACACAAGGAAACACAACUGCAGCAAACAAACCUAUGAAAGGCAACAUAAAGGUUUCUCCUCCUGUUGAAACUAAAGACGACGCCUACGAACAUUCUCAGAUGUCUGGAAAAAUGUUAGAGAAUGCAGAUAGCGAUCAGGGUUCAUCCAACAAGCACAACAGCGUUCUUUCCAAUAUGAACUGUUGUAAUGGUUGUUUUCAGGGUUGCAAGAUGGGAACUGUAGUUUUGACACAGCAGGACUACAGAUCUCUCCUCUCAGGAGUGUGCCAAGGUUGCCUACUGAAGAGGCUUCCAGAUAAACCAUUUCAACUCCGCAAUUACAACAAAGCUUAUAGUGCACUUGUGUUGAAAUACUCCAAGACGACAGACUCAUGGACUGCCUGUGAAACGAAUGUGUAUGUGGGUGAGGUGCUAAAGAUGGAUGUCGAAGGAGGACAGAGACAAGCGUUUAGAGUUCAGUAUCUACACCAGGAAUUACUGCUGGGAAGUUAUGUAGGAAAGGAGUAUUUGAAAGAAAGGAAGAUUGACACACACCUUGGCGAUGUGGAAAGACAGAUGACGGCUCAGUUUUAUGUCAUGGAGUUCAACAAGCGCCUCUAUGAGAACAAUAUCACCACCCAGAUUUUCUACCUUCCCUCUGAGCUACUGCUGCUCCUGGAGUCUGACACCAUCUUGGCCUGUGUUUCGGUGGAGCCAUACAUGCUGGGGGAAUUUGUGAAACUGACCAACAAUACGACGAAAAUCAACCAUGAUCAUUUGACCACAAAAUACGGCAUCGCGUUUGGACACUUCACUUAUGAGUUCUCUAAUGGCCAAGAGGUGGUGGUAGACCUGCAAGGCUGGAUGACUGCAAAUGGGAAAGGAUUGAUGUAUCUUACCGAUCCUCAAAUCCACACACUCAGGAAGCCCAAAUCUGUCAAUAACUUCCACCACACCGGUAUCAGGAAGUUCCUACAGGAUCAGCACGGAAAGCACUGCAACUCCAUCUGUACAAGAGCUGCGCUACGUACACUCCCACUACAGAGUGAAAAUUAGCUCAAUAACAAACAUCACUGAGUUAGUGAUCGUCCAAACUACUGUUAUGUUUUUUUCACAAUAUCGGGCAGCACGGUGGUGCAGUGGUUAGCUCUGUCACCUCACAGAAAGCAGGUUCUGGUUCGAACUUGCUGGUCAAACGAGGCCUUUCUGUGUGGAGUUUGUACUGUAUGUUCUUCCCAUUCCUGCAUGGGUUUCUUCCAGGUGCUCCGGUUUCCUCCCACAAUCCAAAGACAUGCAGAUGAGGCCAAUUGGCUACUCUAAAUUGGAUAUGUAUGUGUGUGUGUGUGUGUGUGUGUGUGUGUGUGUGUGUGAAUGGCUGUCUGUCUCUCUGUAUUAGCCCUGCGAUAGACUGGCGGCCUGUCCAAGGUGUCCCCCGCCUCUUAUCCAGUUUCAGCCGGGAUUGGUUCCAGAUCACACCAGACUCACGAUGGAUAAGCAGUACUGAAAAUGGAUGAAUGAAUAAAUGAAUAUUACAACUGUUUACAUGUUCAUGUUUUCAGAGAGGGCAGCAUUAACGGCACAUAGAUAGAUGGGUGGAUGGAUGGAUGCACCCCAAGUACAUCUGCUACCCCAUUUGAAAGACACUGCCAUACAUAUCAUCUCCUACAAAUUACAGGGAAUUGUAGAAUGUCAGAGUAAUUUUUGCACAAUGUUAUUCAUUUUUAUUUUUUGGUCAUUUCUCUCAUAUACAGUAGGUUCUGAUGAUUUUUGUUGUUGUUGCUGUUGAUGACAUGACUACAACCUCUGUGUUUUUAAGAGACUUAAAUAAAUGAUAGUUACAGCUUAGUAAAUGUUUUGGGUGUGUGUGUGUGUGUGUGUGUGUUUCAGUGUUGGCAUUCCUAUUGCUCUGGAAUAAUUUUUAAACAGGUCAUGAGUUGCUUUAAAACCUGUUGAACAAAUUUUUUUCUAGAGCUUAUCAUCAUUUUUUUCUGGGUGGGGGAGGAAUGUUUAGUUGUGGAAAUCCCCAAUAUUAAAUUGUUUUGCAGUUAGUUAUGUGCAAAUACACUCACUGGCCAUUUUAAUAGGAACUUGUUGUUGAUUCUAAGAUCCCUGUUCUUGACUGCAGGAGUGGAACCCAAUGCGAUCUUCUGCCGUUGCAUGCUGAGAUGCUUUUCUGCUCACCACAGUUGGAAAGAGUGAUUAUCUCAUCUCAUUAUCUCUAGCCGCUUUAUCCUGUUCUACAGGGUUGCAGGCAAGCUGGAGCCUAUCCCAGCUGACUACGGGCGAAAGGCGGGGUACACCCUGGACAAGUCGCCAGGUCAUCACAGGGCUGACACAUAGACACAGAC